UCUCCAGCCAAAGAGGUCACAAGCUCACCGAGAGAGAGAAGUGGAGUUUUAGAGAGAGAAAGAGAGGAGAGAGAGAGAGAGAGAGUACCGACUAUCGGCGCACUGUUCGUCAUCUGAAAUUUGAAGAAGGAGAAGGAGCUGAUAAGAAUUUCCGAAAAGUGAGAUUCGACUCUGGAGCUGAAUCGUUACGUAAGCUGCUGUAACAAUUCGAAAUUUUCAAAUCGCAGAGACUGAAGGCGAAGCAAAGCAAUUGAUAUCGAAAAGCAUUCGGAGAAUUCGAAUCAAAGCUUGGAUUUUUCUUUCCUUCUCCUCUUCUGAAAGCGAAAGCGAAUGUGGCCUUCGAACUUCGAAGGUGUUCGAAGGCUCCCCGCGAAUCUGUGAAGCUGAAGCAGCUGAGAGAAUUUUUUAAAAAAGAACAGAACUUUCAACCUCUCCGUGUCAUUAAUCCGGGAAUUCACUGAACUCCGGUGAAUUUGGAGUGUUUGGAUACUGAAUUUUCCGUUAAAAUUACAAAUUUUCCUGGAAAAUAAUAUCUCAGCCCGGCGGCCUGUACAGAUAUGGAGCUUCCGCAGUCUCGGCCGUUCGGUACCGAAGGAAGAAAACCGACGCAUGACUUUCUGUCACUCCACGCUCAUUCAGUUGCCCAGCAAGAUCCAAGACCACCUGCUCAAGGACGGUACCUUGAAACACAUGAUUUCUUACGACCACUUGAACGAAUGGGAAAGCCAUGCAUUGCUAAGGAAGAAACCUCAGUUGAGAUAUCAACCGCUGAAAAACAACCGUCUCAUGCGGCCGCGCAGCCGACUACUUCUGUGGAGCAUAUUCUCCCCGGUGGGAUUGGGACUUACAGUAUAAGUCACAUUUCGUAUAUUAAUCAAAGGGUUCCGAAACCAGAGGGAUCGCCGGUGUUUACAGUCGCUCAAACAAGUAGUAACGAGAGAAACGUUGACGAAAACUCAAACUGUAGUUCUCACACCGGAAGUGGAUUCACUUUGUGGGAAGAAUCUGCAAAGAAUAAGGGAAAGAGAGGGAAGGAGAAUGUUGUGGGAGAAAGACCCCUGGGUACCGUGAGAGGGCAAUGGACCUCUUCGGAGCGGCCUGCGCAGUCAUCUUCCAACAAUCAUCGCAGCUGCUUCACUUCUCAGUCAUCUGGGCAGAAGAACAUGAGCUUCAUGGAGAUGAUGAAGUAUGCCGCCAAGGGUAGUACCCAGGAAGCCGAACUUGACGAUGAAGAAGAGUUUGUUCUAAAAAAAGAGACCUCUACUACUACCACCAAUGCCACCACCACAUAUAAGAGUGAUUUGAGGGUAAACGUUGAUAUUAAGAGCUCUGAUCAGAAGGCUAACACGCCGCGAUCCAAACAUUCUGCCACCGAGCAGCGAAGAAGAAGCAAAAUAAAUGACAGAUUCCAAAUGUUGAGAGAGCUCAUUCCUCACAGUGAUCAAAAGAGAGAUAAGGCAUCGUUUUUAUUAGAGGUUAUCGAAUACAUUCAGUUUUUACAGGAACGAGUAAACAAGUACGAGGGUCCAUACCAAGGAUGGAACCAUGAUCCAGCAAAAUUGAUGCCUUGGUUCAACAAUCACAAGCUUAGGGAGAGUUACUGUGAUCAAUCUCGAGGCAUGAAUGGUGUGUCUGGUCCUGCAUUACCGUUUGCUGCAAAGUUCGAUGAGAAACCUACUUCUGUGCCGACAAUCCCUGGAAGCUGCGCACAGAACCCUGUAGAAUCCGACACAAGUACUGAAACCACCUUCAAAGCCGUGGAUAACCACCCUGGAAUAACAAGCAAGUCAAUGCUUCCUUUGUCAAUGCAGCCGAACUUCUUCGCUCCUGUCAGGAGUAGUGCUGCUGCUGCUGCUGUACCUCCAAUUCCACCUAGACUGCCAUCUGAUGCGGAGAACACAUCUCAGCAUCGAUCUACGUUAUGUCAGACGAGAUCGUGCGCUACUGAUGGUACUGCCACUAUGGAUAAGCUAAAAGAACAGGAGCUGACAAUUGAAGGUGGCCGAAUUAACAUCUCAAGUGCCUACUCCCAAGGGUUAUUGAAUACGCUGACACAAGCCCUUCAAAGUUCCGGCGUGGAUUUGUCACAGGCCAGUAUUUCCGUGAAAAUCGAGCUAGGGAAGCGAGCAAACAGAAGAUCACCUAUACCAAAAUCCGCGAUUAAGGAAAAUGAGAUUCCGACAAGCACUUUAGGAAAAAAGCACUCUGUAAUUGCAAGCAGUGAAGAAUCUGAACAAGCCCAAAAGAAACUCAAGACAUUCAGGAACUAAUUAAUAUGACAAAUUAAGCCUAAUGUAUUAUUAUUUUUUAAAUAUAAUUAAUUCAUUUUUUUUUUUUUUGGAACCCCUUUGAUGAAGUAUGGGGUUGAACGUACAAUGUACAUGUAGUUUCUCAUUACUUACAGUUUAUUUAGUUAAGUUGGGAUCCAAAUUCCAUAGAUUUCCCAACCAAAAUAUUAUUUAUUGUUUUUGGUGUUUAGAGACGAGAUUUGAGUGUAAACAGAACAUCGCUUAUUGUUAAGGCUUCCAUUCUAAUGCUGAGAAGCCGCUUUUGCAUUUUUCAAUUGAGGUUGCUUUUUCUUCUUGUAA